AUGACCCUUACCAAGCCAUAUUCGUCCUCAGGUCCCCCCCUGGGGCGUGGUGACGGCCAGUUGCAGGAUAAUUCAAAGCCCGUCGUCAUAUCCGUCGAUGGAGCGUGCAGAGGAAACGGAACAGGACACGCAAAAGCCGGUGUAGGGGUGUAUGUGGGCCCCGGAUCUGGGUUCAACGAAAGCACCCCUCUGAACUUGGAUAGACCAACGAACCAGAAAGCGGAAUUACUAGCAGGCAUCCAUGGGCUUAACAAGGCACUCGAAAUGGAUGGUGGCCCUUCCCGCCAUGUGGUUAUCAAGUCGGAUUCUCAAUACAUGGUGAAAGGUGUAAACGAGUGGAGUCAAAAAUGGGAGUCUAACGGAUAUUUGAAUGCAAACGGGCAGCCAGUUGCUAAUGCAUACCUCUUCCAAGAGCUUAAGGAGAGUGUACGUGAACUUAAUGAAUCUGGUAUAGAGGUCGACUUCCAGCAUGUCCCUCGGGAGCAAAACCAAGACGCCGACCGAUUGGCAAAUCAGUCAUUUUCUGAUUCUUAUUCUGCACCAUCCUCCCCUUAUUAUGAACAGCCUGGCAGUUAUGGAUCGGAAGACCCAUAUGAGGCUUCAGACCAGUUCCACGAGCCUUCCGACUGCAAUAGUGAAUCUUUAGACUACUGCUAUGAUUCUUCUGAUCACCAUCAUGAAUCCACCGACUACUUUUAUGACUCUCCAGCGCCCUAUACUGAGCCAGAUGACUACCAUCAUGAUGAUUGCAAUUAUGAUGACUCCUGUUAUGAUGACUGCAAUUAUGACGACUCCUGUUAUGAUGACUGCGAUUAUGAUGACUAG